AUGGGAAGUUGUUAAGUUAGCUCACAAGCCACAUAUCUAAAAAAGGAUGAUGAUUAAAUUGAAACAACAUCACAACCAAAUAUUUAAUCAGUUCAAUUUACUCCUCUUGUCUGUAACAUCGUUGGGGAUUAGGAUAGAAUGGAUGAUUUAUUCUUGGAUUUAGAAAGAUAACCAUCUCUAAGUAUUAUAUAGCAUACCUCUAAUUCUUAAGAAAAUUUCUAGCUUAAAUCUAAAGUCUAAAUUACUCAUGAUCCUCAAUCUCUCACUUUAAACCAAUCAUAGAAUGGAAUCAAAUCACCCAAGAAAUCUAAAAACUUGAAUGCAAAAUUUAAAGAGAUGAUAUAUUGA